AUGAAUGAGACAGUCAGUGGCUUAAGUUCAGAUGAAUUUAUUAGCCUACGUGAAAAGCUGAGAAAUUUGGUAAUAAAAGAAAGAAUUUCAGUCACUCAACGUGAUCACAAGUUGAGUCUAGAAAUGAUUGCUCAUACUAAUCAAUCUAAAACAAGUUUGUUUGGGACGUACCAACUUAAAUUCAGGCCACAACCAAGUCGAUUAAUUGACGAUAUCCAAUGUCGGGGUUUAGUGGUACUUUUGGACUUUUAA